UCAAAAUUGGAAAAGAGAUGCGCACCAUGCUGAAUGAUCUUAUUCGCCUUGGUAUCCCCAGCCCUUCGGUGGGAGGUAUCUUGAUCCAAGGCCACCAAAUCACUACCUUUCAACUCGAUAUCAUUGGCCCUAAGCUGUAUAGGAUGAUCAAUCUUUGCAAAUUGAACAUGUUUAACACCCUUGACGAUAUUGUUUCCCUUCCAGUCAUUGUUUUGCAAAUGUUACAAGCCAAGCAGAUUGCUAUGGAUACUGCUAGAAAGGUGCAGACCUUAAUGAGUGAACGCAGUACUAAGAUGAAAAGGACCCGGCCAUCAUAUCAACGAUUGUGGCUCUCUGAAGGCGGAUGCAUUUUGCGCAAACGAAGUUCACCCAAUGAUGGCGGAUGAAUAUUUGAAACCUAAUGGCAGACAUUCAUCUCAUUCCAUAGCUGUAUAUAUCUUUUGUGAAUACCUAUUAAAGUCAAACCAGAUAACUAAUGGGUGAAUCUAUACUGUAGGAGAUAUGCAAGGAAACAGACAGUAUAGUUGAAAACUACAUAAGCACUGUUGAAAUCAACUUUGAGUCUGAUGAUGAUUCUAAUGAUGAUAAAGUUUGCCUCCCUGACUCUUUACGCUUUCCUAAACGAGAUUGAUUUUCUACCCUUUAUUUCAGUUAUUUUAUAUCCGCAUACUUGAAUAUUAGAUUUUUAAUUUCUUUCAUAUUAUACAUAUACCUAAAUAUUA